GCGGCCCGGCCGGCGCAGCCCCGCAGCAGGUACGGGAGGGGCGGGGGGCGGCCCGACGCCACUGGGAUGGGCGCUGACACCCCCGGACACCCCUCGCCGGGCAGCUCCGGGAGGGCCCCCCCGCUCCCCGCACCCUCUCACUCCCUCGGGACCCCCCGAACCUCCCGGCCUCAGUCGGGACUCCCCACUCCGUGUCCUACCCACCCGGAUCGCGACCCCCCGAACUCCCCCGUCAUCUUCCUCCGGCUCUUCCCGGAUACCGGAGCCUGGUUCGGGUGCCUGGGGGCUCCCCACAUCCCAUUUCCCUUGUUUUCAUUGCCAUUUGCUGCUCUGGCUUCACUGUGGGUGAUGCUCCCAGCGUCGCUCCCUUUGCAGUAAGUGCUCCUUUGGCCCCUGGAUAUUCCCCACAUCGCUGUGCUUGGCAGCGAUCAGCGUCCUGGAGCGGCUACACGUGGAACUGGCAUCACCAGCAGCGUCCAGAGCAUUCCACCACCAUCUGCCUGGAUAAACAUCGCCCGUGAAUCCAUCUGCCUGCGACAGGCCAGGGUCAGGCUGCUCCGGCAAGAUGCUGGUGACAUUCGAGGACGUGUCCGUGCACUUCUCCUCCGAGGAAUGGGCCGUGCUGGCCGGGUGGCAGCGGCGGCUCUACCGGGAGGUGAUGCUGGAGAACUACCAGGCGGUCGCCUCGCUGGGCUGGCUCACCAUCAAGCCGGAGAUCAUCGCCAAGAUGGAGCGAGAGGUGAUGCCAUGUGCGGCAUCCCUGUCCCUGCCACGGCGCCGGCGCAGGGCUCCUGCACCAGCCACCAGUGCUGCCCACGUGCGGCCGGGGCUCCCCAGGGUGCUGCCAGCACCCACCGCCCGGCUCCCGGCGGUGCCUGAGCACAGCAGGAGGCGUCAGCGGGGUCUGACAAGGGCGAAGCCGCUCUCCACGUGCCCCGAGUGCGGCCGGAGCUUCCGGAGCCGAGCAGCGCUGGACGUCCAUGCACGGAGCCACUUGAGUGAGCAGCCCUUCACCUGCGCCUGCUGCACCAGGGGCUUCCCCUGCUCCAGCGAUCUCAAGCACCACCAGCAAAGCCAUGUCACCAAGAUGGGCCCUCGCACUGGCUCCCAGAGCCCCAGUGCCUGCGCCGAGUGCGGGAAGAGCUUCAGCAAGAGCCGGGAGCUGAGGCAGCACCAGCACAGGCACCGCGGCCACCGCUUAAGCCAGAAGCGCCGACCGGUCACCUGCCGGCGCAUCCACAGUGGGAAGCGGCCCUUUGCUGCCGGAGGGGCUUCCACAGCAGGAACACCAUCACCAUCCACCACUGCCGCCAUGCUGGUGACAGGCCUCACCAGUGCGGUGGAUGAGGCAAGGUCUGCAGCCAGGGGCAGCACCUGAAGAGCCACCAGUGGGUGCACCGGGGCUGGACAGUGGGAUGUAAGGGGUCCGUCUCUGAAGCCCUUCCAGUGCGGUGGCUGCAAGAAGCGGUUUUGGGAUGUGGGGGUAAUGCUGGCUCACCAGAGCACCCACAGCACCCCCAGCCCGUGACCUGGCACCCCCAAAACUGCUGCCCAUGUUGGCUCCACCAGAGCACCCAUGUGUGAACUGAGAGCAAAUGGCAGCUCUUCCAUCACCGACUGCCCUAAAGCAUCCACACCGGAUCCUCCUGAGAUCCCCUGAGCAGCUGCGGUUGGUGGGGGGGUCAUGGGCACCCAUCCCCGCUGCACCAGGCCCCUGGGAGAGCCGGGGGCACCCAGAGUGGGGGAAUGCAAAAAACAGUCAUGGUGCAGUCGGGAUGGUGCAUGGGGCUGGGGUGGGGGAAGGUGCCACUUUAUUUUCCCUGGAUAGUGAGUAAAAAGCUCCUGGGUGGUGACGAUGCAGCAA